AAUCUCUAGUAGAGUCCACUUGACAACAACCAAACAGCACUCUCCUCUCGCACAGUAUCGAUAUUGUUUUCCUUUCACUUUAUUUCUUGCACUUUGUCCUGAUUGAUGCAAAAUAAAAAGCUCUGACAUUUUUGUCUGCAAUACACGAGUUUUGUAUUUUCGAUACUAAAAGUUUCAAAAUUUUGAGUAUCUGACUUUCAUCUUUUGCAGAGAAGUUGAUGCCUUUCUCAUAACACUAUGUCUAAUUUCCCUGGAAAGAUGGGUUCCUCAAAUUCUACCGACACAACUGUUCUAUUUAAGCAGGAGGAUCAUUUUGGGUAUCGAAUACCUUCAUUGCUCCACAUUCCAGAUACAGAUGUGCUUCUGGCAAUUUCUGAGAAGAGAUUAGGUCCCAAGGACGAAAAUGCUGAUACACUUAUGGUCCGAAGGGGCACAUACAAUAAGUCUUCAAUAAAUUUUGAGUGGGACGAUGUAACAUGCAUUGAGUCUGCACAGCUACAUGAUCACCGAUCCAUGAAUCCUUGUCCUGUCUAUGACAAAGAAAAAUGCACCAUUUUCCUCUUCUUUAUUGCUGUCUACGACAGUGUAACUGAGCAAGAGCAGCUACACUCUGGGAGAAAUUUCACACGACUUUGCUUUGUUACCAGCACAGAUAAAGGAAAGACCUGGAGCACUGCUACUGAUUUGACAGAUUGUCAACUAGGUCAGCGCAUUAACAAGUGGGCGACGUUUGCUGUGGGACCAGGUCAUGGUAUUCAACUCAGGUCUGGACGCCUCAUUAUCCCAGCCUAUGCUUAUGAGAAAAUUCCCGUUUGCCAAUGUCGGGCUUUCACCUUCUAUAGUGAUGAUCAUGGAGAGAGCUGGAGAGUUGGGGACUUCAUUUCCAAAGAGGAAUGUGGUGAAUGCCAGAUGGUGGCAAUGCAUCGAGGCCAUGGACCUGAAAUUGUUUAUUGCAAUGCUCGGAGUAUUAAGCAUGGUAAACACCAGUAUCGUGUGCAGGCUUUUAGCACAGAUGGUGGAGAUGCUUUUACAGAAGGGCAUCUGGUGAAAAAGCUUGUUGAACCACCAAAUGGUUGCCAUGGCAGUAUCAUCAAUUUUCAUUCGUCAAAAAUUUCACACAUCAAUAUUUAUCAUGUCAUUAAAAAACAUCAUUUUCAGCAGGAGAAAGGCACAUCAAAGUUAGCAAAAGAUUUUGAGAUUAUAUUAUUCUCACAUACGACAAGCAUGGAAUCACGUAGUGAUUUAGGAAUUUAUCUUGGUACUUACUAUGGUCAUUCUCCUACCUGGACAGACCCUUGGGUCAUUUGUCAUGGUCCUUGUGCCUACUCAGAACUGGCUUUUGUAGAAAUUCCUGGGGAAGAAAUUCCUCUUGUUGCCUGUUUGUUUGAAUGUGGAUCCACAUCUGAAAGUGAACAGAUCUCAUUCACUGUAUUCCAAGUUGAUGAGGUUAUUAAGAACAUUUUAGAAAUAAAACCUCAUGAUAAUUCUCAUUGCUAAUCAGAAUAUUCACUAACCUCAAGAUUGUAAACUACUUGGGAGGGAAAGCCUGUGCCAUAGUUGUUUAUGGUGCAGUUUCAACUUGCCCAAAGUUGGUUUGGAAAAAUGACCAAAUAUUCAGAGAACUGAUCAUUCCAUUUAUGCAAUAAAACCUGAUUUGAAACUGU